UUGCUCGUUGUACUUUCAUUAUCCAAAUGUAAACAAAAAUAAAAAAAAAAUAUUUUCAAUAUUUUAAACAACUUGUAAAUCUAAACUUUGAAGUGAAGUUAAACAAGUUUUGCUAUGAAUAAUUUUGUUCGGGGUUCUUGCAGAGAAAUGUGUCCUGCAUCAGAAGUGAAAAUGAGAACUAAAGAACAUCUUUUACACUUUUUUGAAUUGUUGGAUGGAGCACCAUACAAACCUGUAAAAUGUUUCUCAAGAUCUGCGGCUGGUAUGAAAACCCCGAAGGAAGUAGAUUUAAGGACACCCUUAGCUUUAGAAAAGACUGUUACUUAUUUAUUAACGGAAUAUAAUUUUAGCAUCCUUAUGGACGAAAGGAAACCCUUUUUUUACGUCUACGACUUUAUUUUCGAUAGACUACGGAGCGUUCGGCAGGAAAUUGUGAUACAAAAUAUGGAUAAAGAAAAGUCUAUAAAGCUUUUGGAACCCACCAUUUUGUUUUUGGCCUACAGUCGGUAUAGAUUAAACGCUGAACCAAUUCAAAACUUCGACUCGAAAAUUUGUGAUCAACAUUUGCAAGAGUGCAUGAAAAAGGUUCUCGGAUACUACGAUGAAUUGGAUGUGGAAAAAAAUAAUGAACCGCCAGCUAUAGAAACAAGAAAUAGAAUACUCGUGGAAGCUUUGUACCAACUAUUUAAUUUAGGACAAACUGAAGCUCUUAGCCGAACUUUAAUUUUAAAGUCAAAUAUAAGGAAAAAUCCAACAUUUAAUUUGGCAAUGAGAGCUUCCCUAGAAUAUUUUAGACAAAACUAUUUUAGUUGCCUCCAAAAAGUUAUUAAUUUUGAGCAUAUAUUAUGUGCAAUAGCAUCUUUGAAACUAGCGAAUAUUAGAAGAGAAAUUUUAUUACGAUUUUCCCACGCGUACAAUAGCAAAUGUCUUACAGUCCCAAUAUUUUUUAUUCAAAACGUUUUGUACUAUGAUUCUUCAGAAGAACUCAUUCAAGACUUGCAUUAUUACAACAUUGAAAUAUCAUCAGACAAAUCUUCAAUAAAAUUUUUGAAAUCUAAUUUUAAUAUUAAUAAAGAUGUUAUUCAAUCUAAGAAAGAAAGAUUCGUAGAAAAAAAAUUAAAAAAAAUCAAUUUACCAGAAGUUAUAUGUAAUAUAAAAAUGACAAAAAUUUGAUUAAUAUACACAUAUAUACA